GAGUUAGUUAUAAUAAGAUACGCAGAUGAUGACAUCCUCACACCCAGACUCCAGGAGUGAAAAACUCGUUUAGUGCUGAAAAGUUAUUUUAACAAAAAGCUGUUUAUUAAUGAAUGUCUCUAUGGCGGUGCUUGGAAUCUGAUAUAACUGGACGCUUGAAGAAACAUUUUGUAUUUCAAGAGAAAAGAUGGGAUGUAACUGCAGUUCGGACUAUUCCGACAGCGACUGGAUUGAGAACUUGGAUGAAAUCUGUGAACACUGCAACUGUCCCAUAGCUCCCCAGUCAUGCAAUCCAUACACAGACCAGCUGACUCCAUACCCAUCACAGCAUUCACCUCCUACAUCUCCUUUACCAGACAACCUUGUGGUGGCCAUAUACAGUUAUGAACCCAACCAUGAUGGUGACCUGGGCUUUGAGAAGGGAGACAAACUCAAGAUCAUCAACAAGGAUGAUCCAGAGUGGUAUUUGGCAGAGUCUCUCACCACAGGCCAGCAGGGCUACAUCCCGCACAACUUUGUUGCAAUGACCACAGUGGAGACUGAACCGUGGUUCUUUAAGAACAUUUCUAGAAACGAAGCCAUGAGGCUCCUCCUUGCUCCUGGGAAUACGCAGGGCUCCUUCCUGAUUCGAGAGAGUGAGACAACCCCAGGGUCGUACUCCUUAUCGGUCAGGGACUUGGACCACAACACAGGUGAAGGAGUCAAGCACUACAGAAUCCGCAACAUGGACAAUGGUGGCUUCUACAUCACAGCCAAGAUAUCCUUUAACUCGCUGAAGGAGCUUGUCCAGCAUCACUCUCGCGAUUCAGAUGGGUUGUGCACAAAGCUGGUGAAACCGUGUCAGUCGAGGGCGCCGCAGAAGCCCUGGUGGCAGGAUGAGUGGGAGAUUCCCCGUGAGUCCCUGAAGCUGGAGCGCAGGCUUGGAGCAGGACAGUUUGGAGAGGUCUGGAUGGGUAUCUACAAUAAUGAAAGGAAGGUGGCAAUUAAGAACCUAAAGAUGGGCACAAUGUCUGUGGAAGCCUUCCUGGCAGAGGCCAACAUGAUGAAGAACUUGCAGCAUGCACGCCUCGUCCGCCUCUUCGCUGUUGUUACCCAGGAGCCAAUCUAUAUUGUCACAGAGUACAUGGAAAAUGGUAGCCUAGUGGAUUACCUGAAAACGACGGAGGGAAGCAGUUUGCCUAUGAACACUCUGAUAGACAUGGCAUCUCAGGUGGCAGACGGUAUGGCCUUUAUUGAGCAGCAGAAUUACAUUCAUCGGGACCUGAGAGCAGCCAAUAUUCUGGUGUCUCAGGAGCUCAUCUGUAAGAUUGCCGACUUUGGUCUGGCCAGACUGAUUGAGGACAACGAAUAUACAGCAAGAGAGGGUGCAAAGUUCCCCAUCAAAUGGACUGCCCCAGAGGCUAUUAACUAUGGUACUUUUUCCAUAAAAUCGGAUGUGUGGUCAUUUGGGAUCCUCCUGACAGAAAUAGUGACAUAUGGACGCAUACCUUACCCUGGUAUGUCCAACCCAGAGGUAAUCCAGAACCUGGAGCGGAACUACAGAAUGCCAAAGCCAGAAAACUGUCCAGAUGGGCUUUAUGACAUCAUGUGUGUGUGCUGGAGAGAAAACCCAGAGGACAGGCCUACCUUCGAGUACCUGAGGAGCGUUCUGGAGGAUUUCUUCACUGCCACAGAAAGGCAGUAUCAGGAGUAGCCCUGAUGGGGCAGAGAGACAUGAAGACAUAUAAUAAUUAUACUCAAACUAAAGGCACAGCCUUUGAAGGUGGAUGCCUGAUUGUGUUUUGUUUAUUGAAGAGUAGGCCUACAUGCCUUUAUAUAGGGUACAAACUGAGAUUUUCCAAAUAAGAGUAUUUUGUUUCUGCAUAAAUCUUACUCUGAAGUGGCUUCUUAGAUAUGAUACAAUCACAUGCAGAACUGUGAACCUGAAAUUCUUGUAACAGCUGGAUCGCUGCCGAGCCAACAGCCAAAAAGGAGAGCGAUCACCAAGCUGCUUGAAUAAACUGGGAACUAUCUGAUGUAGCUGAAUAGUAGCUGCUCUCCUGGUGCUCAUUAUUAAAAUGUAAAUACUA